AGGAACCAUUUCUCUUCAUUAAACGCAACCCCUCAUCCCCUUCCCAAAGAAAAAACACACACUUCUUCCUUCAAAUUUGCUUCAAAAUAAUGGAUUUAUGGUCUAUUUGUUGGAUCUCCAUUACAAGUUUGAGUGUGAUAGCUUCCACACACUGGAUUUAUAAGUGGUAUAACCCUAAAUGCAACGGCAAGCUGCCUCCCGGCUCCAUGGGACUCCCUUUGAUCGGAGAAACCAUACAGUUCAUCAUCCCAAGCAGAUCUUUAGAUAUUCCUCAUUUCGUCAAAAAGAGAAUCCAAAAGUAUGGACCAUUAUUUAGAACAAAUUUGAUGGGAAAGCCAGUGAUUAUAUCAUCAAAUGCUGAUUUUAACCAUUAUCUUCUUCAACAAGAAGGAAAAUUAGUUGAGAGAUGGUUUAUGGAUUCAUUUUCUAAGCUUCUGAAACAUGAUGCUACCAAAUUAAUAUCAAACCAAGAUAAUUUACACAAAUACUUAAGAAACUUGGUUUUGAGUCAUUUUGGUCUUGAGCGUCUGAAAGAUAAGCUUAUACCUGAGCUAGAAGCUGGGAUCAGAAAAAGACUGCAAAUCUGGUCAACUCUGCCGACCAUUGACACCAAAAAUGCAUGUGCGGCUAUGGUGUUUGAUUUUUCAGCUAAAAUAUUAUUCGGUUACGAUCCAGAAAAAUCAGGGGAAAAUUUAGGUGAAAGUUUAAGUAAUUUCUUGCAAGGAUUUAUGUCAAUCCCUUUAAACAUCCCUGGGACAGCUUUCCAUAAUUGUAUAAAGACUCAAAAGAGGGCAAUAGAAAUAAUUACAAAUUUGGUGAAAGAAAGACGAGAUAACCCUCAACUUCGUAGAGGAGAUUUUCUUGAUCAGAUUUUGGAAGACAUGAAAAAGGAUAGCUUUUGGACUGAUGAAAUUGCGAUCCAUGUAAUGUUUUGGCUAAAUCUUGCUAGCUUCGAGACUAUAUCUUCUACUCUUGGCGUAGCUAUUCAAUUUCUUACAGACAACCCUUUGGUUGUAGAAAAAAUGAGGGACGAGCACGAGGCCAUUAUCAAAAAUAGGGAAAAUAAAGACUCGGGACUUACAUGGAAAGAAUAUAAGUCCAUGACCUAUACCCAUCAAGUUGUGAAUGAAGCAAACCGUAUGGCGAGCGUUGCCCCUGGAUUAUUGAGAAAGGCAAUCACAGAUAUCCAAGUUGAUGGAUAUACAAUUCCAAAAGAUUGGAUUAUAAUGGUGGUUCCAGCAUCAAUUAUGCUAGAUUCUAACACAUAUAAAGAUCCUCUUAAGUUUGAUCCAUCAAGAUGGAAUAACGUGGGUUCUGUUUCAAUGGGAAAGAACUUCGUGGCUUUCGGAGGGGGCUCAAGAGCAUGUGCAGGAGCAGAGUUCAGCAAGGUUUUGAUUGCGAUAUUUUUCCAUGUCUUUGUCACUGAUUACAGGUGGACAAAAAUCCAGGGAGCCAACAUGUCUCGAACUCCAGCUCUCGGAUUCGGUAAUGGGUAUCGCAUAAAAGUUACAGAAAAGCAGGGAUGAUAUGUUUUCAAAAUCAUUGAAAUAUUAAAUUUUGUACUUAUAUAUUUUGAGUGAAUUUAAUCAGUCAUUUUGGUUGCGCAACAAUUAAAUAUAGCAAUAUUGCUUUUUAAUUAAUUGAUAGUUCGUGUACGACGAUGGUCGGUAGUCAUUAACUAUUGUAACUAUUCAUAAUCUUGUUUGGUUUGAAGUUGAUUAGCUUAUUUCUGUUCUUAA